AUGUCUUCCACCACCAUCAAAAUUGCAAUCCAAGGAUGCUGCCACGGAGAGCUAAACAAGAUCUAUAGCUCGAUUCCGCGCGACACGCAACUCUUGCUAAUAUGCGGCGACUUCCAAGCGUUGCGAAACCAAGCAGACUUCCAAGCACUAAACGUGCCCCCCAAAUACCAAAAACUAGGCGACUUCCAAGAUUACUACAAGGGCAAACGCCAGGCUCUUGUGCCAACUAUAUUCAUCGGCGGUAACCAUGAAUCGUCGCUGUACAUGCAAGAACUCGCAUAUGGAGGCUGGGUGGCUCCCAAUAUUUACUACUUGGGCCAAUUCGGCAGUGUUUGGUUUCGAGGCAUUCAAAUAUGUGGGUGGAGCGGCAUAUACAAUCACAACACUUUCCAUCGAGAUGAGCUCAGAGAGAAGUUGCCGUUUGAUGCGUCGUCUAUACGAAGCGUCUAUCAUCAGAAACUAGCGAGUUUCAUCAAGAUGUACUUGAUGACGAGGGCGACGGCGACGAGGAACCAGCGGAUCGAUGUCGUGUUGAGCCAUGAUUGGCCCGUGGGGAUUGAAAAAUACGGAAACGCGGCGCAACUCUUACGCCAGAAGCCGUUUUUCAAAAACGAUAUCAAGUUGGGCCAUUUGGGCAGUCCAUUGAAUCGGAUCUUGUUGCAUCAUUUGCAGCCUCGGUAUUGGUUUAGUGCCCAUUUGCACGUUAAAUUCGUGGCGAGCGUUGGUAGGAGAUGGCACCUCCAAGAGUCAUUUGCAGGUGCAAGAGGUGAGCCUCGACGGAAAGUAAAGAAUGCCAAUGAAAUCGAGCUAGAUAUGGAUAGUGCUUCUGAAGAAGAUGACGGUGGUGCUGAAAAAUCCGAUUCCAAUUGCAAUAAGCGCCGCAAAACAGAUCAGGAAAUGCCGUGUGAUAAUACAACGUCUUUUAUUGCUCUAGAUAAAUGUGGAGCCAGGAGGCAAUUCUUCGAAGUGGUCAAUAUGCAGGUGUCACCGCAAAACACGAGCCAUCCCUCGGUAAACAGCGACAGACUAUACUAUGACAAGCGUGCCAUUGCCAUUACCAAGCUCAUGGACAAGACUCUGGGCCCGGAAUUUGAUUCCGUAAUCCAGGAUUUAGACUCGAGAACCGUGGUGAAGAAACCGGAAAUCUUGAAUCAGUUGCUCCCGUUGCUUGAGAAAGAGAUGGAUAAGUUGGACCACUUGAGUGAUGAUGAGUUUAUCGUGCCUGAGAAUUUCGAGGUUGUGGCUCCUGCCGAUUACAGUGGCGAGCUAAAGUAUUUCCGAAAUGGCCAAACUGACGAAUUUUGCAACAGAUUCGGUUUAACUGAGUUGGAAUUGUGA